AUGAUGGACCCAGGACUGGACCUCUCCUGGACCCAUGAGGACUGGACUGUAGAGGACCGGUCCAUCAGUCCAGUCCUGCGUCCGGACCGAGUCCGAGCAGUCCGGGACUGGACAUCAGCAACUAUACCAUAUACUCGUAUACGGUGUAUACGGAAAUUUUUUACUUAUGGUAUACGCAUACGCGCCGUAUACGCUGCAGGCGUAUCCGUAAAUUACGCUACGGUGCGGAGCACUAUUUGCCAUACAUCCUUCCGCGAUUAUUUAUUGUCCCCAGAGCGCCAAAAAGAUCCUUGGUUCAUCGAUCUCGAGUCUCAAAAGGAGUUCAUUGCUUCUCAAUGUCUCACUGUUAUGAGGGAUGGGCUCCGGUUCAACAUCUGUAAUAUAAAGUCAUCUUAUAUUUCUAAUAAUCAAAUCACGGACCUUCCGGAUCGUAUAAAGGCGAAUAUUCCUGCUCAGCUAGAGUACGUCUGCCUCUUCUGGAACCAACAUUUGUGCGACACGCAAUUUUCACUUAUAUUGUUGGACGAGCUGUCAGAGUUCCUUUAUAAGCGUCUGCUCUAUUGGAUUGAGGUGAUGAGCCUCCUCGGAAAGAUCAACUAUGCCAGCCCAGCACUCUUUCAUGCCAUGAAUUGGGUCUCGUUACACAAUGCCGACUAA